UAUAAAUAUGCUAUGUGCAUUCUCUGUCAUUAACGCUAACGUAUCGAUUGUCUGCUUACAGUAUGGAUUCUCAAAUUUCGCGCCCGAUCGGUCAUUCCUAUGAUCAAACACCCUAUAAUGCUGGACUGCACGCGGCUGAAGGGGAACAUCUUGAUCAGCAUUCCCAUGAGAAGAAAUCGGUUUUGAAGAAGGUGAAAGCAAAGGCCAAGAAAAUAAAGGACACCUUGAUGCAUGGCCACGGUCACAAUCAUGAUCAGGAGGAUCAUGAUUUGCAGCAUGUUCCUGAUGAUCAUGACUUGGAUGAAGAAGAUGAUGUUGAGGAGGAGGAUGAAAUCCUUGAUGAAUCUCAAAUUCAUGUGUUUGAUUCUUCUGCUAUCGGUCGCGCUUCACGGCCUGGACAAGUGGGACGGUUGGAUGAUCCUGUGGCAUAUUACGGGAAGUCCACAGCGUUUGAUGAUGACUACGCUCGAGAGACUCUAGCCAAGAGCGUUGUGCCUAGGCAAGAAGAAGACAGAGGACUUAAAGUUGCUAUUGACAGGACAAGUAACCUGAAAGAAGUGCCUCAGGCUCCACUUGAGAUACCUGUAUCCACCACUCCUGCAAUUUUAGAACAAACAAAACCUAUCGACGCAUUUGGAAGCUUUUCAGGAGAACAGAAAGCAACUCGAGGCCAACCGCAGAUCAAUUUGGAAAGGUCACCGAAAUUGGAAGAGGAUCCUCAUGCCCCUAAAGAUAGACGUGAACACUAUGAUCCUUCCAAUUAUCAGGCCAAAGUCACUGAUUCAACUGGUGCACGUGGUGAAGAAACAGGAAUUACUCCAAUUCUUAGUUCUUUUGACAAAAUGAAUUUCUCUACUGACUUAAAACAAAGAGGAGAAGAGAAGUUCCCUGCUAAACCACAUGAUCAGUCGAUCUUUUCCUCUGGAAGCCAUGACCAAUUUUCUCCAGAACCAACUCCUCCAAGACCUAUAACAACCGAAGAGAAGCCUCGUUCUAUUUCAGACGCUCCUCCUGACGCAUCAAAUCAGACCAGCUAUUUGGAGAAACUAUCAUCUGCUGCUCCUGCAGUUGCUGAUAGAGCAAUUCUAGCCAAAAAUGCUGUAGCUUCUAAGCUUGGAUACAAUGAGGGGGAACACAAUGCUAAGGAACAGAGCAGCACUUAUACCGAGAAAAUAUCCUCUGCUACUUCUGCAAUUGCUGAUAAAGCAAUUCUAGCCAAAAAUGCUGUAGCUUCAAAGCUUAGAUAUAAUAACGAGAAAGGCGAUGUUAAUGGACAUGAAGGAGAAGAACUACACAAGACCCAACAAACACAAUCUCCAUCAACAGUUGAAUAUGGAAAGAAAAUUGCAGCAACAGUAACUGAGAAACUGACUCCUGUAUAUCAGAAAGUUGCCGAAACGGGAAACACCAUGGUGUCGAAAGUUCCUGGAAUUCGCGGUAACGCUGGAAACGAAGGAGAAAUCAGUGCUAAAGGGCAAGAUAAGGGAGUGUCGGUGAAGGACUAUUUUGCAGAGAAGUUGAAACCUGGAGAUGAAGAUAAGGCAUUGUCUGAGGUGAUUUCGGAGGCUUUGAAUAAGCAAAAGGGAGAGGCAAAUAAGCCAAUUGCAAAAGUUACAGAAUCAGAGAAGGUGAAGAGGAGACUAGGGAGUAGUGAUGUGAACGUUGAUGAAGAAGUGGAUCAAAGUUCUGUGCAUAUUUCUGGUGGUGAUACUGAUAUAGUAGGGAAGAUUAAAGGGGCAGUUGGUUCUUUGUUUGGAAAAGGUGUAGAGGCUGCUCGAGGCUCUCAGCAAGCAGAGUCACCUGGUACGACUACGGGUUUUGUUUCUGCCAAUGAAGAAGAAACAGGGGGAAGGAGACUUCAGGAAUCAGGGAACUAAGCCAUGUUUACCGAAAAAUAAAUGCUGUGUUUGUUUAUGAAAUCGUGUUAUGAGAUUGUGAAUAAGAGUUUGCAUAUGUGAUCUUUGUCUACUGGAGCUUCUAAUUUGUAAUACUAAAUAAUAUUAGCAUUUUCAAUA